GGGGAAAGAAGAGGAGCGAAUGCUGCGAUCUCUCUGAAUACGAAACUAGAAGACACUUGAGUGAUUCCAAGGAAACAGCUUUACAACGUACGAGAUUCCUACGCUUUAAGUUUGUUUGUGUCUCUCCCCAGAAGCGUCAUCAUGCAGAUCUGUGUGUUUGGCCUGGUUCUGUUGGUGUUCUGCAUCUCACUGCCUGCUGAAGCCCAGACCCCUGACGUGACACCUCGCUACAAAAAGUUCCUGAAUCAGCAUGUUUAUCAGAAAAUGGCUGAGACUCGGUGUAACAGUGUGAUCUUUCAGAGGGAAAUCACUGAUGGUAACACUAACAACUGUAAACCCGUGAACACCUUCAUAAAGGCCAGCCCAAAUCUUGUCAAGGCUGUGUGUCAAGGAAUCACGGGUCCGGUUACAAGUAGCAAGCCUUUCCCUGUGGUCACUUGCAAACUACACAGUGGUAAAAGACGACCAGACUGUAAAUACAAAAAAGGAGUGUCAUUGUGGAGAUCCGCGUAUUUGGCCUGGUUCUGUUGGUGUUGUGCAUCUCACUGCCUGAUGAAGCCCAGAACUGUGAGAGAUUUAAGUCUCAGCAUAUUUGUUAUCCCCACCACUGGAACUCCUGUGACCAAAGGAUGGAGAGUAAGGAAAUAGAAAGUAGUGGAGGAAACUGCAAAGAUGAGAACACCUUCAUACUGGACUCUCAGAUCAACAUCAGAAACAUGU